GCAUGGACAGAGAAACGUUUGGGUGCUGGACUGCCGUAUACGCGAAUGACUGACAUGACGUUCCUAUCACGAGAUGAAGCCCUUCUCCUCUUCAAUGGCGAAGAGGACCAUGGGACGACUCUUGCCGUGUAUUCAUUCUCGCGCCAACAAAUCAUCUGCAAAUGUCGCUUUCCCUUCCAAUUCCCAUUUCGAGUGUUAUUCCUGAAGCGUCCAGAAUCUCGGUUUGGCGACAAGCGCCAAUCGUCCUCCGCAAAACUUCUCAUUCCUGAUCCUUCAGUGGAUAUUCUCGGGGUCAACUUCAAAUUAGAGGAGGAUCCGACCUCUUCAUGGUCCUGCAUCGUUCUUUCUUUGCAUAGAUUCCAGAAUAUGUACAAAUCUUUGUUGGAAAAGCAUCCAGGUCGGGAUGUAUUUGACUGGGAGGAAUGGGGUCCAUCUGUCACUAGGUGGCUUCCUCAACAGUCCAUUACUCCAAUUGGGAACCGUAGCAUAUUUGGAUCUCGCAUGAUAGCCUGGGGAUUACCUACCGCCUCCGACACAGAUUCCGGUUUAUCUUCCUGCCUCCUCCUUCUGGAUUUCAACCCUGGACCAAUAUAUCACGAUACCGCCCUCGAGCGCGAGGGAAAGUCUCGUGGGACUAUUGUUCGUGAGGAAACAAUAUGGGAAGACAGCCAGGUCGGAUUGAAGGUUAAAUCCAGUUUGCCGUAUAGAGUGUUCACUGCACCGCACAUCCCAUUGGGCUUUGAUUUUCGAUUUGAUGGUAGUACUAUCAUGGCAAAAUGGAACGGGAUGAAGAAUAAAAGAGAGUGA